ACAACAACCAACAGGCGGCCAAUUUCGUGGGAUGGACGAAGGCAGACGGCGGCGGCUGCGGCCCUGGCAGAUUGUCUACCUGGGCCUCGUCCUGGUCAGAUGCCUCCUCGCUUUCAGCCCCGGCUACAUUCACCCAGACGAGUGGUUCCAGAGCGGCGAGGUGGUGGCAGGCGACCUCUUGGGCAUGCCCACCCUUCGGACGUGGGAAUUUGAGCCAAAAAGACCCAUCAGGUCCAUGGCCAGCCUGAGACUCCUUUCCCUGCCUCUUUUUGCUCUCAGCUUAGCUUCUAGAGCGUUUGGCUUCGUCCCAUCUGCUCGGACCAUCUUUGCAGUUCAAAGGCUCACAGCUCUCGUCCUUUCUUUUGUCAUUGACGCGAGCGUCUUUCGACUGUCGGCUCAGAGGAAGGCCGUCUCAACCCUCUGCCUCACCGCCGCCUCGAGCGCAAUACUUUCUUUUGGUGUUCGUCCCUUUUCAAACGCUCAGGAGUCCGCCAUCUUGGCAGCGUGCCUGGUCCUGCUGCAGACCCUCGAGCAUCGUUGGUCGUCCGCGCGUCCCAUCUCAACGACACGCUUGUCCCUGGCCCUGGGGACGCUGGCCUCGGUCGGCCUCUUUACGCGCUUCACCUUUGCUAUCUUUGCCGCUCCUGUCGCCGUCUCGUUUCUCGCCCUAGCGUACAGGCGGGGCAUUCAAGGCUCCGCUCGGCGUGUAGUGCCCUGCAUCGUGUCGUUCAUUGGCACAUCUGUGGCCCACAUCGUCCUAGACUCGAGGUACUAUGGAGGUGGAAGAUUGCAUGUCACACCCCUCAAUGCGGCCCUCUACAACCUCCAAACGAGCAACCUAGAGCAGUACGGGGUGCACCCGCGCGUCCUGCAUGCUGUCGUCAAUGCUCCGAUGAUCUUGGGCGCUGGCGUCUACCUCAUCUUCCUCCGAGAAGUCCUGUAUAUGGCGACGAAGCGGCAGGCCAUCAAGAGCUUUGCCAUGAUCGAGAUAGUAUCGGCCUUGGUUGCCGUCUUCUCGCUCGCCGCGCUCUCUGCCCAGCCCCAUCAAGAGCCGAGAUUCUUGCUGCCUCUCGUAACGCCCGUCGCUGUCGUCAUCUCAGCCAGCCGUCGGAGAUGGGGUGGGAGACUGAUUGCCUUUUCUUUGGUUCAACAUCUCCUCGUCACGCUCCUCUUCUCAAUAGCGCACCAAGCGGGCAUCGUGCCAUCUCUGCUUCAGGUCAAUCAAGACCUUUUACACGACCAUCAGCGUCCCGUCGAGCUCCACUUCUGGAGGAGCUUCAUGCCGCCCCGUCAUCUCCUUUUGCCACCGCAUUCCCACGCGACCGUCCAGGACCACGGCAGCGCGACGGCCAGCACCAUGGCCUCCGCUCUCUCGCAUACACCACCGACCAAUGAUACCCUUCGACUCCUCUUUGCGCCCACCUGGGCCGUCGUCACACUCAACAAGGACGACUUGCCCUUCUCUCCUCUCUACACCUUCCGCCCGCACCUCGACAUGGACCAUCUCGGCGAGACGGUCGAUGCCUGGAGGAACGGCGCGAGGAGCCUGACCGACAGUGCAGCCUAUGAAGUCGUCCAGCUGAAUGAGCCUGUCCAAAGAGAAAUAAAAUUACAAUUGACCUAG